UUUUCAAAAACUUGAGCUCUAUAAUUAGAAACUGUCAUCAUUGUUAUCUAUUAUAUUGGAAUAUAUAAGAUUGAAUUAGUUUCUGUUCAGUAAUAUAAUUGUAGUUUAUUUCACAGUCAGUGCUUGACACUUUCAACACUUAAUAACAGUACAGGACAUGUAUAUAUUAUAACAGUGGUAUGUUGUUGAGAAAUGAGAAUAGACAUGGAUCAUCAGUAGGAAGGUCAGAGACAAAUACUGUAUUAUGUAUAAUGUGUGAUUUGUUCAGUCUAUCAACACUGGAAACUCACCUGUUUCAGAGAGAAGAUUUGGUCAGCGCUUUGAUGGACUGAUGUUUGACAUCCUGAUCCUCUGAUACCAGAGAAGAGACCUGAUUUGAUGUGUGACCUUUUCCUGUAACUGUCACAAUGUUAAACAAGGAAAAGUUUGUUGAGCGUCGACUCGCCAUAAAGAGAAAGCUUUAUAAUCUCCUGCGGAGUGAAGCACCCCAGGGGGUCCUUAAGCAUGAGGUAUGGAAUGUGUUGGCCAGGAGCAGUGGUCAGCAGGUGGCAGCCCACUUCUAUGGCGUUUCUAAGAUGCAUGGUUUACUGGCGAAGUUUGAAGACAUGGUGUGCGAGACAGAGCAUGAUGGCAAGAAAUAUCUGCAGUUGGUCAAAGGAUAUGCUCCCUCUGAUGCCGAAUCCUCUUCUGAUGAGGACAGCAGUGACAGUGAGGUACAGAUCGACCAGGUAUCCUCAUCAAGGCCGACUAACCAGAUGUUGCAGCCAGGGAGGGUAGCAGGCAGUCAUCCAGGUACUGGUAACAUAUUGCCAAUGCCCGUCCAGGGUUUUGGAGACUGCCUCCUCCCGUUGGGUCCCUACGUACGGCAGCCACUUGUGUUUGUCCAAUCUGUACGGCCUAUCCAACAAGGUUUUCAAGUGCCAGAACCUCCCCAGCAUAAAACCUCCCAGCAUAGCAUUCCUAAACAUGGGACUGAUCAGAACAUGGAUUUAGAUGAAAAAGACUUUCCAUCUUUAGUGUCCCCAACCUCACAGAAGAAGAAUCCAUCAUCGAUGGAUUCAAGAAAGGAACUGUUAAAGAAAAAUUUGAUAUCUCUUCUUAAAAACUUUCCACAGGGAAUAAAGAAGACUGAAAUCUGGAGGGUAUACAAGACAUAUUAUCAUAACCAACCAGGUGCAAAGGAUUAUGGUGUUACUAAACUGACACAUGUGUUAACAGAAUUUCCAGAAAUUGUAGAGUAUGAGAAAGAUGAGAUACCUUUUCUCAAAUUGAAAGAUCAGGCCCCGAUGCCUACCUUUGGCCUUUCUUGGGGCCAGGGAGUACAGAGCCACACAUUAAGUCAGCUCCGUCGUGAACGGUCUUCAUCCACCAGCUCAGUAGAGUCUAUGGCCAGUUCCAGCAGUAGUGUGCAGGGGACAACACAGGGAGGCAAGCACAAAAGAUUCCGAUCACCUGGCAGGGAAGUCAUUGAUCUAACAGAUGCAUCACAAUCGUCAAAGAACACUGGGCCAUUUAUUGACCUCACUAAAGAGCAGGCAGAUCUCUAUAGCAAAAACUUCAUCAGUUGUUCUCCAAGUGAGAGGUCUGUCUCUAUGUCACCUCAACAACUUGUACAGCCAGCCAGUAUACCUGUGCAGCCACAAAGACCACAAGUGAUGCCAGCAGGUCCACAUCCAGGUGGUCGCGUGAUCGAUCUCACCGAGACCUCCGUGGCGCCAAUCAGCCGACGGGAAUUUGAGGAAAGGGAGAUUAAGGUGACAGCCAUAAGAGGGUAUGACGGACGCAGACAACCUCCGCGUGAUAUACUGGAAAAUGCCGCUCGGGAAUGUAUCGAGAUUUUGGCAGAGGCUAACCAAUACGUCUCUCUCCACAGGGUGGAGGACCUCAUCAAAAGAAGGUUUAAUACAAAUAACAUCAAUAGUCUUGGAAUAAGGUAUUUAGAGAACAUCAAUUGCAUAAAUGAAUUUAAUCGUUCUAUUGCAAAGGUCAAUGCCUACAUCCAGGCUUUCGUGAAGACAAGAUCGAUUUGUACCCUUUAUGAACUGAACCAGUGUCUACUAGAGUACGCUCCAGACAAGGAGGAUUUCGCUUCGUUCAAGUUUGGCCCCUUGCAGCGUAUGCCAGAGGUGUAUAGACUGUUCAAGUUCCCCACUGACUUGGCAGACAUUCCUGAGAUCACGAGUAUGGACGUCCUUGAACAACUACGCAGUUUCAUGACAAAGCACAACAAGUGGACAGAACGUUUGGUCAUGGAGGAGUUCAUGGACCACCUGGUCGAGGCCUACGCUGCGGACAAUGCCUACAUGCUUGGGGUUAGACUUCGUAGUCUCCCUCUUGCUGCAAUGGUUCUGAAGAAAGCCCAGCGUGAUGCUUCAUCAAGUAGAAGAGCCAUUCAUGAAGGAUUUAAAGAGGAAUUGAGGCAGCAAAUACAGCAAGCCUUCCAAAAGUUCCGUGCCUCCAUUCUGCAGCCUUCUGGUGACUCGUCCCUGCAAGUACGACAGCACUACCUACUGCUCCGACCAGAAACAGCUGUCAUGGAAAUAUUUCAGAAGUUUCAAUUGAUCACCCAUUUGGAACAACCAUUUUCAAAAGUUGAGAAGCGCCAGUUUGCCCAGUUUCAGAAAGCAGUGUCUGACUUUUUACUGGUGGUCAACCAGGACACCUUGGGAGCAAAGCUGUUUCACCUUGCACUGUGUGUCAGCAAUACUGUUCUAGAGGAGGCAGCCUGUGAGCUACUGGCUCCAUCUACAGAAAACCAGGACCAGGGCGACACAAAACAGGAUCAGGAACAAAAGCAACCCCCUAAGAAAGAGGUAGUAAUUGAGAGUUUGAAGAAGUACCUGGAGCGUUGUUUAGGGCAUGGAUCUCUAAAACUGUCCCACAUGGAUAUGAUUGAAGAGAAGCUAGCUGACGACUUCAAGUUUCCCAGUUUUGUUGCCAUGGGGCUCGGCCGCUUCCUGGAGUUUGUCACCAAGGAAGCCAAGUCGUUUCUGGAUGAGUGUGGAGGGAUGACGAUUGGCAUGGGAGUAUCUGGCGGGGACAGCGACUCCGUGUACAGAGCACAAAAGUCGGAGGUUCUGGAGUUCAUGCAUCAGUGUCGACAGUGUGGCUUAGAACAGAAUGAGGAUUUGGUGAAGGCCAUAUGUCAACAGUUCAGUGUGAGGGAACCAAAGCAGCUUGGGUACGGAAAUAUUGGUCGUCUCCGCACAGAGAGUGAACGGCCAGGCAAACACCAGUCCAAGGAACACACAGUGGUAUACGAGUCAGCUCUUGGCUGCAAUUACAGUAUGACACCACGAGGCCAGGUUGGUAUUCUUGGUCACCAGGCAAGGGAGACAGCUCUGGCCUGUCUACACAACUGCCCUCUGCUGGAAGACCUGGCAGACUGGAGCCAGUGGGCGCUGGUGUUCGAACCAGAGCAUGGCAAACUGAAGGACUUUCUACAGAAAUACGGUGGAUCUCACAUCUCAAACAUUGAUGAUGGCAAGCGUCUCAUGACAACCGAUGUCCUUGCGAUUGAGACUAAUCCAGGCAAAUUUCUCAAACUCACAAGUCAGACUUCACCAGAUGUUUUUGAGCGAUCCCUGAUGGACCGUAAUGUGACAGGGGUGUGUGGUCACUUGAUGUCCAUGGUUGUGAUGAAUAGAGGCCUGGACAACACUCCUCUGGCCCUUCUGACCAACCACCUGAAGACAGCCCUGUUUACAAUGCAAGGCGCGGAGAGCAGCCACACCCUCCCAGGAGCGCCCCCUAUGGGUAGAUCUGCUGAUGCAGCUGUGGUGUUUGUACUGGCCUGUUUGAUGAAGCUGCCUAUCCGUAGCUGUGUGACCCUGGCUGAUAAGGUGUUCCUUGACCCACUUGGACAUGUUGUGGGGUCAACCAAGUCCAAGUCACUGCUCUUGGGGGCAUGUCAAAGUGUGUACGAGAGGAACCGGUUGCAGGUGCUUGGUUGUCUCUUGGGCAUUGAUGAAUGGACUCGGCAGAUCCAGGCCAAGUGUUCCCUGCCCAUAGACGCCAUAGAGAACAUCCCAACUGAUGAGGCACAGGAGUUCUUUGGAACAACAGACCAGGUUGAAGAAGACAGUGAUGAGUCUGAUGAAGAGUCUGAUGACGCUUCCUCCAUCUUGUCCAGUGAUGAUGAGGAGAAGGACAAGAUUGACAAGGAAUCAGAUGAUGUGGUGGUGAUAGAUGAAGUAGAGGUUGUUGGGGAGGACACUUUGGACAGUCAGAACACAGACAGUGCUGCAGAUGUCACGGAGAAAUCUGAGGAGAUUGAAGGCGAGGAAGACCAUAUAAACAAAGAGGAGGAGGAAAAUUUGACUGAAGAGGAAAAACAGGAGCGACAUUGCCAAAAGAUUAUUGACAGUAUACGUCGUGAUGAGUUUGGUGUAGGAGUAGAACUCAAUGAGGAUGGUCAGAGACUGAUGCAGGUCCAUCAGGAGAGACUUGGGCGCAGUCUAGACCGACUGUCCAAGGACCUAUACAGCAAAGAUACCCAUUUUGUGUUGGAGCUGGUUCAGAAUGCUGACGACAACACCUACCCCGACAUGAUGACCGAGGAUGUGUGUCCCUCCGUGAAGUUUAUUACGAGACAAGACUCUGUCAUUGUCCUCAACAAUGAGUGUGGCUUCGAGGAGAAAAACGUUCGUGCCCUUUGUGAUGUGGGCAAAAGCACUAAAGGAAAACACACGUUUGGCUACAUAGGUCAGAAGGGUAUAGGAUUUAAGUCCGUGUUCCGUGUGACAAAUCGGCCAGAAGUUCACUCUAAUGGCUACCACAUCUGCUUCGAUGCGAAGAGUGGCCCGAUGGGAUUCAUACUACCCCACUGGAAUCCAGACACCUGGGAGGAUGGCAAUGACUGGACUACUAAGAUAGUGCUUCCAUUAAAAGAAGAGAUGGGUUCGUACUCUCGCUCUCUGGCAGCCCGGUUUGAUGACAUCCAUCCUUCACUCCUCCUGUUCCUCCACCGCCUUCGCAAGAUCACUGUCCUUAACAUAGUGGACAACUCUACCCAGGUGAUGCAUCGUCGAGACCUCGGUGAAAGUGUAGUUGAGAUACAGCAUAAUGAGGGUACAGACAGAUUUCUUGUCAUCAAGAAGUCUCUUGAUGCCUCCAAGAUCUCCCUUCAGGCCAAAUCAGGGGUGGAAGUAGACUCCACAGAAAUUGCCAUGGCCUUCCCACUUAAGACCAAGGGUAACAGAGGAUUUUCCCUGACUGCUCAGCCCAGACAACCAGUGUUUGCUUUCCUGCCGCUCCGCAGCUACGGCUUCCGCUUUAUCGUACAAGGUGACUUUGAUGUGCCGUCCAGUCGCGAGGAUGUGGAUAGGGACAGUCCGUGGAAUCAGUGGAUCAGAAACGAGCUCCACACCCUGUUUAUCGAGGCUUUGGAUUUGUUCAAGUCCCACAAGGAGUUCAGCACCCUUGAAGCGAUCACAUCCUUUCUCCAGUUUGUUCCUAUGGAGGAUGAGAUCUUAGACUUCUUCCGACCUGUCGCCUCGCAGAUCCUGGCUAAACUCAAGGCAAAAGCCUGUGUGCCUACACAACCAAACAGCAAAGGUAUGAUCACAUGGAAGAUGCCCUCGCAGACAGUGAUCAUCCGGGACUCCUUGAUUUGUGAACUGAUCACACCAGAGAUGCUACAGAAACACCUCAACCUGUACUAUGUGCACCGUGAUCUUGCCGAGUCCUUGAACACAACCUUGACACAGUGUCUGGGCAUCGAGUGUUUGACCACUGAUCACCUGAUACAGAUUGGAAAGGCUCUCAUUCUUGACCGCAGCCAACAACCGGAAGACUUUAACAAUCAGAUCCUCAUCACUGCCAAGUGGCUGGCAUGUGUGUACCGCAGCCUGGACGAGUUCCAUGACAACCAGACCAUCCUGGAAACACUGAGUGCCCUUAAGAUCAUUCCUCUCGCCACCUACCAAUUUGUGGCAUUGACAGACAAAACCAUCUUUUUUCCGUUGACAGAGGAUAAAAAAACACUGCACCGAGGAGAUCCAAUGAUGGUUCUACAGACAGACCUCAACACCAUCCACCCUCUCCUUCUGGCCACUCCUGACAGUGAGGUUAACUCACAGGUGGAAAAACUCCUCAACAAGCUCAGUGUGAAGCGCCUGAUGCCCAAGGAUGUGAUCACUCAUCACAUUCUACCUGUUCUCAGCUCCGACCAGUGGCAGACCAAACAGCGUGAGACUCUGAUCAGUUACCUGGUGUAUAUUAAAGAGUGCCAUGAGCAGCAGAAUUCCAUUGUUGACCUAGAAAACCUGUCUACUGUUGCCAGGCUAGUAACCAACCAGGGGGUUAAGAAUCCUAGAGAUGACCCCCUUCACUUUACCACUCUGUAUGGCAACAGCAUCAACCUCCAAGCUAGCUUCCCAGGCUACGACUGGAUCCUACUGGACAGUGUUUAUCUGAACAACUGUAAAAGCAAUCCAGACAAACAGCGCUGGCACAGCUUCCUGUCCAAACUAGGCGUCACCAACUUCCUGUGUGUGCGGUCAGAGAAAGUCCAGAUUGACAACACCUUGAUCUCAUCCAGCCCUUGGGCACCAAUGAAGGAGAUUUGGGGAGACCUUCAGGAAGGGACUUACAUACAGGACUGGUGUUGCCGAGAAUUGGAGUGUAUUGUCUCGGACAACAAGAGUCCAACCUCAUACGAGGUGCAGAUGAAGAUGCUUUUCCAGCUGUUAGAUCAUGCCUGGGACAAUCAGUAUGCAACAUAUGUGUCAGCUCAGCUGUGUACGGCAGACGGAAGACCAAUCAAGGACACUGACUCUUCCCUCAGCAUCCUGCUGCGAACAAACAGUUGGCUGCCAGCCUUAAAGAAGGAGCUGAUAGUAGAUGGGGUCGGCAGUGUGCGCGCCUCCACCAAUGUGACUAUGUUGGCACCCUCCGAUAUCUAUCUACGCCUGCCUCAAAUAGAAAAACAUCUGUCUCACACGGUCCGCUACCUGGACGCCAUUCCAUCAAAUCAAAGCAGCUUCUGUCAAUUCCUCAGACUGAAAACCUCAGUGGACAUUGAGGAGGUAAAGAAAAGUUUAAUCAAUUGGGGUGCACGGUCAGAUGAGGUCGAGCCAGUUGUUUUCUGUACCAGUCUGCAGCACAUCAAAACUGUGUAUCGCUAUCUACUUGACCACCUGCCGCCAAAGAAAACACAGGACUUACUGAUGGAAAACCCGGUUAUCUUUGUUCCAGUAACCACAUUUACCAAUUAUAACCCAUCAUCAUCAACAGAUGUGGCUGGAAAGAUGAUGAAUAGAGAGGAGGUUUGGUGGACAGACUCUACCGGUCUGAUAGAAAAACACCGAGAACUUCUAGAGGAGUACCAUUCAGACCUGGCAAAGAAACGGACACUGACACAGCUCUACCAUGACAGCGAUAUUAAGGAGUUCUUUCUGCGUGUAGGUAAGAUUGUCUACCAACCUAGCAUGACAGAGUAUGCCGAGUUGCUGGUACUGAUGACCAGCAUGAUGCCCGCUGUGGACAAAACCAAACUGCGUGAUGUGCUGCAGCUGUACUCCACCAUUGGCUCUCGUCUUCAGGAUCCAAACUCUGACGCAAGCCAGGCCAAUGAUCAGGACACAAUCACCAAACGACAAAUACUUGAGGGUGAGAAACGUGAACUUCUUGGGCGGCUAAAAGGUCAGAAGAUUCUUGCCACAAAGAAGGGACAGUGGAUAAGCAUGGAACAAAACCCUAUGAUCAGUGACAAACGCGAACUGGAGAAAAUGUUCAGUGAAAAAGCUGACGUACACUUCCUGGAUUUGGAGGACCCAAAGACAAAAGACAAGCGUGGGCGACAAAGCAAGCCCCAUGAUGAGGAAGCCAUGCAUGUAUUCCUGAAGCUGUGUAAUGUGUGUAGCUUGUCAGAGAGUGUAGAAACUUCGGAGAUUACACCGGACUUUCAGGAGUGUCCCAAACUCCAGUACUAUGUCCACCAGGCAGUGCCUCAGAUACAGGUCUUCAUAUACAACCGCUACCCAAACAUCUACCAGCAGCAAACGGAUGACGCAAUCGCAACAACGCUACCUAAAAUGAGGUUUAUCCAGGUUUCCCGUUUAGAGGUGCGAUACUCCCUGCGGUCCCAGCCUGAAAUCUUCCACAUACGGCCAGAGAAGUGUCUCAGUGAAGGCUCAACCUUCUACUUCCACAAGGAAUUCCUGACCUCCUACCAGGAUAUCAACAGAGAGAUCUCAAAGUACUUUAGCAGGAAAGAUGAGAAAUGCUCCCGGGAUCUAAGGACCUUCCUAAAUAGUAUGAUGCCAAUACUAACUGGCCAGUCAGACGGCGACUUGAAUGAAAUCUGUGAAGACAAUGGGGUUACAGAGUAUCUACCUGAGGGGGAGGAACCAUGGUGUGUGCCACCUCCUAUAAGGCCUGUUCCUGAACCUCAACCCCAGGCUGUUACCGAGUAUGCCGCCAUUGAAGUUAACGACGGCAGGCCCCAGACAGAGGGUGAACCUAGACUAACAGCCUGGCCUCCAGCUUCUGAUACCAACUUAGCAGACCAGCAAGGCAGGAAGAGAAUUCCAAGAGAGGAGGGUUCCACUGGCUCCAACAUAUGGCCACCUCCAAAGGUGCCUGAUUAUCUCCGCAGUGUGAGAGAGCUUCCAUCAGGGGUCAGGGUCACUGAUGAAGAGGAAAAUUCUGAAAACAAACCUGAGAGAGCAGAAAAGUCAGAAGGAGAACAAAGGCCUAGAGACGGUGCUAGUGAGUCUGGCUCGGUUAGGCAGUAUACUAGACAGGACAGCACUGGAGAAAGUGCAGAUGGUAUGAAGAGGAAGCGAGCAGACGACAGUCAGUCGGAAGCUGGGGAAACCAAACGCCCAUACAGCUCAGGAGAGGUUUCAGAACCAUCCUCUGAUAAUCAAGGGGUCCAAAGAUCAACAUCUGUUCAAUCAGAAGGCAGGGGAGAUAAGUCAUCUAGUCAGUUUAGAGGUGGUGAGGGACGUAGUGAGGACAAAGAGCCCGGGGCUGUGACCAGUAACAAACGCCGCCAUCCAGACGAUGGCUCACCACCUCCCUCCAACAAAAAGUCUGUUAUGGGAGGACACUUUGGUGACCCCGCCUGGACUACUGUUUCCAGUGAGUAUGUAUAUGAUGAGCUGGACAUCAGGAAAGACCUCAAACUGCCAGAAAGCAUUGUCACAGAUUCUGGCGCUGGGACAGAGGAAAUAGGCCAGUGGGGGGAAACUUUGGUCUACUACUAUCUCCUUCAAAUGAAGGAGAUCAGUUCUGACAUUAUCCAAGUUACAUGGAAGAAUGAGCACAAGGAGACAGGAUUACCGUAUGAUUUUGAAAUGCAUGUUGCCACAGAAACUGGGAUCUCCGUGAUCUAUAUUGAAGUCAAGAGCACCCUAUCUGACAAAAAGGAAGUGUUUGAGAUCUCAGCACCACAGAUCAUGUUUGCUCAGGAGCAGAAGGAGGACUUCUGUAUUUAUCGAGUAUUCAAUGCUGGAGAUACUGAAAAAGUUCGUCUAGUCAGAAUUCACAACCUGGCGUUGUGUAUGGACCAGAAGCAGGUACGCCUGUGUAUGGUGAUUUAGGACUACCAGAAACACUCGUGAAGGAUCAAGGUUACAAAUCCAAAUCCUGUGGCCAGCGUUGUAAGGUUGAUGUAUCAAAAUAUAGGAGAUGUUCUGAUGAAUUUACAAUUUCAUUUUAAGAAAGUGUCAUAGUGGAACUUUGACAGUAGAUCUCCAUUGUGAGCACUUUAUACAUGCCAGCAUCAUCCUCAUCAGCAAUAUCCCAAAUAUGUCAUUUUGUGAAAAUUAGAAAUAUAUAACUGUCUAUAAUUUCAUGUAAAAUCAUUUGAUGGCUCUCUUACUUUUAAAUCCAAAUAACCAUUGUGUUUGAUGAUUUUUUCUAUAUGCCAUGCAAUUGCAGUUGCAACAUAUUCCUAACAGACUAUAUUUGUCUGUGAUCAAGUCUUUCUUAAUUGUGAUCUAGUAUGGUGAUAUGUCAGAAACCAGUAUGCCUGUUUACUGUGAUGUAAUGUACUCAACAGAAAAUUCUGUACAUAGAGGAAACCUAGUUAUCUGUAAUAAUAUAAACAAGUGUGAUAUCGUCGUUUGAUACUCUGUUUUAACUACUCAUCAGAACAUGUAGAUUACCUUCUCACUUGUUUAUUACAUUCAGUUAAUGUAUGUGACUUGUUUUGUGGAAAGAACAUAUUUAGUCUUAUAAACUAAUCAGAGAAGAUUGUAUGCUUUGUUAAAUUGGACUCGGGAUGGACUAGAUGUUUUAUCUAAGCCUAAACUCCACUCGGGACUAGAAAACAGUCAAAGGAUACAUAUGUUUCUAUGUAAUGUUUUGGCUUAAUUUGAAAUCGUUUUAAUUAUGUGCCAUUGACAUAUUGAUUUUUUUAUUAAAGAUAUGAAAUAACCACCUAUUUGAUCUUUGAAUAUUUAAAUCAAAGAAUUAAUUUGCUGUCUUGAUGACAAACCAUUUAGAAUGUUUUCUAGAAGUGGUCAAAUCUUUUAAAUUGUUGAAUAUAUACCUUUGUAUUUUAUUUGCUAUUAUCUGUGCUGUAUUUGUAUUUGCUCACUGGCAGAGCAAUCAUUUCAUGUAAACUUGUUGCCUUUGUGAUACUGUACUGUGUAAUGUGCAAGUAUAAGACAUCACUGUAUUGUUAGGUCAGAGUUAGACUCUCUACUGUACUAGACGUUACAGGUAGGGGACAUCACUGUAUUAUUAGGUCAGAGUUAUACUCUACUGUACUAGAUGUUACAGGUAGGGGACCUCACUGUAUUGUUAGGACAGAGUUAGACUCUCUACUGUACUAGAUGUUACAGGGAGGGGACAUCACUGUAUUGUUAGGUCAGAGUUAGACUCUACUGUACUAGAAGUUACAGGUAGGGGACAUCACUGUAUUGUUAGUUCAGAGUGAGACUCUCUACUGUACUAGAUGUUACAGGUAGAGGACAUCACUGUAUUGUUAGGUCAGAGUUAGACUCUCUACUGUACUAGAUGUUACAGGGAGGGGACAUCACUGUAUUGUUAGGUCAGAGUUAGACUAUCUACUGUACUAGAUUUUACAGGUAGGGGACAUCACUGUAUUGUUAGGUCAGAGUUAGACUAUCUACUGUACUAGAUUUUACAGGUAGGGGACAUCACUGUAUUGUUAGGUCAGAGUUAGACUAUCUACUGUACUAGAUUUUACAGGUAGGGGACAUCACUGUAUUGUUAGGUCAGAGUUAGACUCUCUACUGUACUAGAUGUUACAGGUAGAGGACAUCACUGUAUUGUUAGGUCAGAGUUAGACUAUCUACUGUACUAGAUUUUACAGGUAGGGGACAUCACUGUAUUGUUAGGUCAGAGUUAGACUAUCUACUGUACUAGAUUUUACAGGUAGGGGACAUCACUGUAUUGUUAGGUCAGAGUUAGACUAUCUACUGUACUAGAUUUUACAGGUAGGGGACAUCACUGUAUUGUUAGGUCAGAGUUAGACUCUACUGUACUAGAUGGUACAGGUAGGGGACAUCACUGUAUUGUUAGGUCAGAGUUAGACUAUCUACUGUACUAGAUUUUACAGGUAGGGGACAUCACUGUAUUGUUAGGUCAGAGUUAGACUCUACUGUUCUAGAUGUUACAGGUUGGGGACAUCACUGUAUUGUUAGGUCAGAGUUAAACUCUCUACUGUGCUAGAUAUGUUACAGGGAGGGGACAUCACUUCAAUUUAAUGCAAGAGUUAAGACUUUUUUUGCUUUACCAUUAGUAUGGGACCACUAUUAUUUCAUUUAGAAUGAAUUGAUACCACAUCAAAAGCAAUCCAAUCCAUACCUGUAAUAUUUUGUGUAGAGGAAAGAGUUCAUGUGGUAGCUAGAUAUUAUGUAUGACUUGUAAUGCAACUUUAUUAUUUUGUACUUUCAUGUGUUGAAACUUGUAUGAAACAAACAUAACAUUAU